GGGACUUCGGCUGUAACAGAGACACGUGUACACAGGGAAGCAGGAAGUGAAGCUGUUCUGUCGGUGCUCUACACAAGUGUUUGCAGAUAUCCUGGAUAAACAGGAUUCGGUUCACACACCCGUCUGUGGGAGGAAUAAACAGCGUCUUCCGUCUCUGUGCUUCAUUUGAGCCGGCGUCAUGAUUGCAGGCGUCAGUCCUGUGCUUCAGGCCCUGCUGGGGACCCUGUUCACCUGGGGCCUCACCGCAGCGGGAGCCGCUCUCGUCUUCGUCUUCUCCAGCGGACAGAAGCGGAUCUUGGAUGGCAGUCUGGGAUUUGCGGCAGGGGUCAUGCUGGCGGCGUCCUACUGGUCCCUUCUGGCUCCUGCUAUCGAGAUGGCAGAGGAUUCUGGGAAAUAUGGCGACUUUGCCUUCGUGCCUGUCGCUGUGGGUUUUGCACUCGGGGCUCUGUUCGUUUACAUCGCUGACCUGAUGAUGCCCGCCCUGGGUGUGGGGCCGGAUCCUCAUAUGGCUCUGGUGCUGCCGUCUGAUGCCAAACAGGCCAAAGAGAAGAAGAAGAGCUCGCUGGCCGGCCUGUCGGAGGAGGAGGAGCAUCUGUCCAUCAGGAUAGGUAGAGCAGGAGUUCACUCAGAUAAAAUCGAGAAUGGAGAGGUGUAUCAAAGACGCAGGGGUCCCAACACCGGCCACACAGAGGAGCAAGACGUGAGUCCUAAAGCACAGGAAGUGAGCGGUCAAACAGGAAGCAGCUGGAGGCGAAUUGUACUGCUGAUCCUGGCCAUCACCAUACACAACAUUCCUGAGGGUCUGGCUGUUGGCGUGGGCUUUGGAGCGAUUGGGAAAACUCCCUCAGCUACGUUUGAAAGCGCCAGAAAUUUGGCUAUAGGCAUUGGCAUUCAGAACUUUCCAGAAGGCCUUGCUGUGAGUCUCCCAUUGCGGGGUUCUGGGUUUUCCACAUGGCGAUCCUUUUGGUACGGGCAGCUGAGCGGGAUGGUGGAGCCUCUAGCGGGGUUGCUAGGGGCCGUUGCCGUGGUGCUGGCGGAGCCGUUGCUACCGUACGCUCUGGCCUUCGCUGCAGGAGCCAUGGUGUAUGUGGUGGUCGAUGACAUCAUUCCUGAAGCCCAAGUCAGCGGGAACGGGAAACUGGCCUCAUGGACGUCCAUUCUGGGCUUCAUCGUGAUGAUGUCACUGGAUGUGGGGCUUGGCUGAGUCUUUUCAUUGGACGAGUCUUCGAAUGUCAGCUGACUGCACUGAAAAAAAGUGACCAAAGCAGCCUUUUUUCUCGGUGUUUAGGUUUAUUAAUAAUCAAUGGAAUAUUUUUCUACUUAAUGUAUUUUAUGUAAUUUUUUUUUUGUGUUGUUUUAUUUGUUUUAUAUGGGAGCCCAUGUCUGCCACUGCAUAAAAAAAUUAAAAGAUAAUUGUGACUUUGUAUCUCACAAUUGUAGAAAAAUUAAGAAUUAUGAUAUAAAGUCACAAUUCUGGGAAAUGAAGUCAGAAAAAAAGAGCAGAAUUAUGAGAAAAAUAAGUUUCUAUUAACUUUUUUUAUUUUUUUAAUAUUCAGUGGCUGAAAUGGGCUUCCAUAAUUUUAUGAAUGACUCACGGAUUUAAUUAAACAGAGCUGAAAGAUUAAUUGAAAGUUGAAAAUACUUGAACAUGAUUCAAACUUGAAUAAAUGACUUAGGGGGUUGUUUCAGGGUGUGUGUGUGUGCGUGUUUGUGCGUGUGUGUAUGCACGUGUGUGUGUGUGUGUGUGUGCACUUGUGUGUGUGUGUGUCUGUGUGUGUGCGUGUGUGUGUGUGUGUGUGUCUGAGAGUUUCUGUUCAUUAAUUUAAAGACCACAUGUUCUGGAUAUUGUUGUGCACUCAUUUGAAUGAAAAGCAAUACCAAUUAAAUAAAUCAGUUGUUUUUGAAGUCUUUCCAGUCAUCUUAUAACUUUCAAAUUAAUUUACUGUAAGUGUUUUUUUUAUUAUUAUUAUUGCUGAUAUUUACAGAUUGUAUGCAACAAGGGGUAAGGUAGAAUUUAGGGGAAACUUCACACCUGACUCACAAAUGAUGUAAAGUGAUGACACUGUACAACCCAUUUGUGUUCAUUUGUUCUGUUCUGUGUGUGAAAUACUUGUUUGUUUUGUUUCAUUGCUUAAAUAGGGAGAAAGUGGUAAUAAACUGAUUUUCUAAAUUA